ACCCUACCCCCCGCCGCGCCCGGGGGCUCCCGGCCGCAGCGGCCUUUGUGGUCGGACAGUCUGGCCCAGGGGAUGCCACCGUCCGCCAGGAGGCCGUGGCCCGGGCCACGCACCCGCUCCCGCGCCACCCGCCGGACCGCGGCCCCGCCCGGAGGAGAUGCGCCCCCGCGCCCGCAUCCUGUCCGCAUCCUUCCCGCCUCCGGCCGCCUGGCCGCCUUCCCUCUGCCGGGGCCCCAGGAAGAGGCGCCCCCAGGGCUCGCGGCCGCCCGGCCCGCCUGACAUACCAGGAAUAGCUGCUCACAACUGCACCUUUCCCAGCCAAGAAACGUCCCCCGCGGUGGAGCGCGGCCCAGCCCGCCGCCCUCACCUGCGGCCCGUCUUCGCAGCGCGCCGCUCCCUCUCCGGCGGAGUCCGCUGCGCGCCCGCCCCGCCGCCAGGUGAGGACGUCCGCACUCCCAGGUCUCCGCCCCCUGCCGCGGCCAGAGCUUUCCUGGCGGCAGAAAUCAGAUCUCCGGAAAGGAACCUGCUCGUCUGUCUAGGCUCCCUGGAAUCUCGCUUCAUGCUCCUGAAGCCCUAUCCGGGCCCACACGUUGAUGUUGUCACUGUUGGAAGAAGAUAAAGAUCGAUUCUUACUCCGGUAAAGGAAGCCAUACCUUUUUUUUUUUUUUUUUUUUCCUGGUUGAUCCUCUUUAUGAUGCAAAACGACGUCAAAGAGCACAGAGACUAGUAUAAUGGAUAGCUAAAACCUAGUUUUGCCUUAUUUACCUCAUCACAUUUUCUGCUGAAAAUAUACAUAUUUCCUACUUAAAGAUAAAUAUUUCAGGGCCUCCCUGGUGGCGCAGUGGUUGGGAGUCCGCCUGCCAAU